AAUGGAAUUUUAGUGCUGCUAAUGCUAAAUUGAAUUCAAUUAAACAAGUCAUUCUCCAUUUGUUUUACCAAGUUGUGGACAUUCAGUUUGUUAUUAAUGUGUUCAAUAAUAUAUAUCUGGAGGUUAAUCUUUGAAAUGUAAUGAAGAUAGGUAUCUAUUAAUAUUAUUAUCAAGAAUUGAGUGUAAUGUUCAUAGAGAUUAGAAAUGCUUUCCUCAAAAUUAAAGUAUUUUAACUAUGCUUAAAAAACGUUAAUAAUCAGCAUUAUCAUGUUUACCAACAUUUAAUACUCCUGAUGAUUAACAAAUUCCAAAUUCUACUAAAGAAGUUGGUCAGUAUUAUUCUGAAAAAUCUACAUCAUAAUUUACAUUCACAGAGGCCACUUCAAAGACUUCUAUAUGUUAAUUACAUUAAAAAGAAUUAGAACUUAUAUGUUAAGAAGAUGGAUAAUGUAUUUGUGUAAAUUGUGCUUUAUUUGGCCCUCAUAAAUUUCAUAAUUAUCUUCCUAUUGAAUAAUUCUGGAAAUAAAUUGAAUUUACUGUUAAUGAGAUAUCUUGUCUAUAUAAAUAAAUUCAAACUGAAAGGAAUAAUAAAGAACAAUUAGAAUAAUUGCUAUAAUUAGGAUUCAAUCAAUAAUAAUGUUGUAUCAAAUCUAAAAUUGAAUUAUACUUCAAUGAUUUAAAUAAAUAAAUUGAAGAAAUCAAAAAUCAAACUCUUUUGAAAAUUAAUUAAGCUUAUUAAACUUCAUAAGAAAUUAUUCUUAAUAAAAUAGAUUUUGAAUUUUCACAAUUAUAAUGUGAAGCAGAUUAAUGGCUAAAUUAAGCCAGUUAUCAAUUAAGCUAAUUAGUGGAUGAAUCAUAAUAGUCUAAAUUUAGAAAAUUUGAUUAAAUAAUUAUUAAUUCUGGCUAAACUUUAUUGAAACAAUUUAAUCUUAUAAAAGAAUCAAUCACUAUUUUAAUUGAUUCAACUUAGAAAUCUCACGAAAUUUAAGUUCCAAUAUAAGUAAUUUCUAAUUAUAUUUCUUAAUUAAUGGGAUUAAAUAAUAAAAAAUAAGAAAAUAAUAAACUAGAUUCUUUACUACCCAUAUCUUCAAGUCUAUCUGAUAAUAAGAAUUAAUUAAAUGAAUAAUCUGAUUUCUUAUUGGAUGAUAAAUAACCUUAAGAGGAAUUAGUUAAAAUUUAAGAAAAGAAACCUUUAUAAAUAGAUGUAGGAAGAGGUAAAAGAAAUUCAGAAGUAUUUUCUCAAUAACCUACUCAGCCAGCUUCACCUUCAUUUGAUAUAUCAAAAUAAAUCAAUUUUAAUUCAGUUUAAUCCUAAUUUACUAGAUUAAAAGAAAGAAGUGCUACUCUAUCAAAUAGUGAAAUGUUUGACACUUCUUCAACAACAAUAUAAAAGUUUUCAAAAUUUAAUAAUACUAACUAAAAUAGCAAUUAAAAAUAAACUAAAAGAUUUACCAAUAAUUAAAAAAUGAAUGAAAAAUUAUCUCAUACUUUAACAAUCAUUCACUAAGAUAAGAAUGAAAUUGUAGAUUUAAGUUAAAUAGGUAAUACUAUUUUAUAGUUUAGAUUUUAAUGACUCAAUUAUUUAAAUUCUUGGAGAGUAUUUAAAAGGUACUUCAAAUGUUAAAGUCUUAAAAUUAAGUAAAUGCUUAUUAGUCGAUGAUUUAUUUCAUAAAUUACUUUUAACCUUGUCAGAAUCUAAGUAAAAAUAUUCUCAAAAUUUAGAAUUCAUACAUUCCAUCUUUAACAAAAUCUAUUAACCGAAAAAUCUCUUGAUUUUAUUUUAGUUCUUUUAAAAUAAAAUCCUCAAACUUAACUUAGAUUAUUUUAUAUGAAUCAAAAUUCGUUAAUAGCGUCUAAAGCCAAGAAAAAAAUUGAUGAACUCAAGAAGUAUGGUGUCUAAAUAUCAAUAUGA